AUGAGAGUCUGGAGGCUCGCGCUUCAUACCCGUGUCCGUGUGUUUACACUCAGUUCUCGUGAUCCAGACGAGCGACAGCGUCAGGACUAUGGCGCUCCACAGAUAACAGCGGACAUCUCACAACUAUGGCAUUAUGCUUAACGCUUACGGACAACUUGUUCUUCUCGCCGCUUCAGGAAUAAAAGCUGCCAGAUACUUUUGUUUUCGUUUCAUUCCCCUGUUUUCAGAGAGAAACACGUUCUUUGGUUCAAUGGAGUUGUGAAUGAGAUGAACUUUACGCUGAUUGAUACGUUUCACUACGGACGGGGUCUGCGAUGUGCCUGAGCGAACAUUUGGUGAAACUGUAGCCUUUACACAUUUUGGGGAAAGUUCUGGGGCAGGUUUCUAUUACAAACCACCACGGUGCCGUCUAUUUCUAUAAGUUUGUAAAGUUCGAGGAGGAACCCGUCUCUGUAUUUCACACUAUUUGAAGUAUCCUUCACGGAGGAUUCAGCGAGGCUUCAGCCGACUGGAGCGAGAGCACCUGGGGGGCGUUUGGCAGUAGCGUGACCGGGUGAAGAUGCUCUCAACGUGGAUACACCGCGACCAGUCUCCCGCCUCCCUGCUCGGUUUACUUCUACUCUGCUCAACCCUUGUGAUACAUGCAGAUGGCAACGAUUACAGUGAAGUUCUACCGGACUCGUUUCCAUCAGCUCCUGCCGAACCGCUGCCAGAAUUCCAGAGUGAGCCCGAAGAUGCAUUCAUUGUAAAAAACAGACCUGUCAAACUGUCCUGCAAGGCCGCUCCUGCCACACAGAUAUACUUUAAAUGCAAUGGAGAAUGGGUGAACCAGAAUGACCAUGUAACCAAGGAGAGUCUGGACCCUAUCACAGGUCUGGUAGUGAGAGAAGUAGAUAUCUCUGUCUCCCGGACGCAGGUAGAGGAGUUGUUUGGGCUGGAGGAUUAUUGGUGCCAGUGUGUUGCCUGGAGCUCGGCAGGCACCACAAAGAGCCGUCGGGCUUACGUCCGCAUCGCCUACUUGAGAAAGAAUUUUGAGCAGGAGCCGCUUGGCAGGGAGGUGCGUCUGGAGCAGGAAGUGUUACUGCAGUGUCGUCCACCAGAGGGCAGCCCGUCUGCUGAGGUGGACUGGCUGAAGAACGAAGAGCUCAUUGACCCGGCGCUGGAUUCUAACUUUCUAAUUACCAUCGAGCACGACCUGAUCAUCAAACAGUCUCGACUCUCUGACACUGCCAACUACACCUGUGUGGCACGUAAUGUGGUCGCUAAGAGACGCAGCAGCACUGCCACUCUCAUCGUCUACGUUAGUGGAGGCUGGUCAUCCUGGACAGAGUGGUCAGAAUGUAAUGCUCAGUGUGGGAGGGGCUGGCAGAGACGAACACGCAGCUGCACCAAUCCAGCACCACUCAAUGGAGGAGCCUUCUGUGACGGACCGCCCUUCCAGAGGGUCACCUGCACCACCCUCUGUCCAGUGGAUGGAGGCUGGACCGAGUGGGCCAAGUGGUCUGCGUGUGGGACGGAGUGCACACAUUGGCGCAGUCGUGAAUGUCAGGCGCCACCGCCACGUAAUGGAGGACGACACUGCAGCGGCAGCAUGAUGGAGAGCAAGAACUGCACUGAGGGAUUAUGUGCACGCAAUAAAAAGGUUUCUGUUGAACAUACAAGCCAUCCUCUGGGCUCUGGGGCUGGUGUCGCGUUGUAUGCAGGGCUUGUGGGAGCUCUGCUUCUCUGUGUGAUCCUGGUGUUGUGUGUGGGGAUUCUGGUCUAUCGCCGGAGCUGUCGCCAUCUUCACGGUGAAAUCACAGAUUCGUCAUCAGCCCUCACUGCUGCCUUCCACCCCGGCAACUACAAACCUCCACGACAGGAUAAUCCACAUCUCCUGCAUCCGACCGCUCCGCCUGACCUCACAGCCAGUGCUGGAACUUUCCGCGGGCCACUUUUCUCUUUACAGCAGGCUACACUGGACUCGCACCACAAGAUCCCCAUGACCACGUCUCCUUUGCUUGACCCUCUUCCCAGCCUGAAGAUAAAGGUGUACAACUCCUCUACUAUGUCCUCCCUGGAGCUUCCGACCGGCCUGGGCUCUGUUGACGGGGAAAUCAUGAGCUUGAAGACUGUUGGCUCUGGACCGAAAGACCAUCAUGGACACACGCUGCCCAGGGAACCCAGUCACAGCGCCAGUGCCACGCUGGGCUCGCUGGGUGGCCGUCUCACUAUCCCUAAUACAGGGGUGAGCCUGCUGGUUCCACCCGGGACGAUACCUCAGGGCAAGUUCUACGAGAUGUACCUCAUUAUCAACAAAUGGGAGAAAACAACGUUGCCAUCAGAUGGUAGUCAGACAGUAUUAAGUCCGGUGGUGAGCUGCGGACCCUCAGGCAUGUUGUUGAGCAGACCUGUGGUCCUCACUCUGCCCCACUGCGCACAGCUGGAGCCCCCAGACUGGACCCUCACCCUCAAAAUGCAGAACCAUCAAGGCGCUUGGGAGGAGGUGCUGACUGUGGGAGAGGAGAGUCUGUCGUCACCCUGUUAUCUGCAGGUGGAGGAACAGAGUUGUCAUAUCCUGAUGGAGCAGCUGGGCACGUAUGGGCUGGUGGGACAGUCGGCUCCACCUCGGCCGGCCUGUAAGAGGCUGCAGUUGGCCCUGUUUGCCCCUCGGGCCCCAUGCCUCUCUCUGGACUACAGUUUGAGGGUUUACUGCAUUCAGGACACCCCGCAUGCCCUCAAGGAAGUAUUAGAGGUUGAGAGAAGUCUGGGUGGAGUUUUACUGGAGGAUCCCAAACCUUUGCUUUUUAAGGACAGUUACCACAAUCUGCGGCUGUCGAUCCAUGACAUCCCUCAUUCACACUGGAGGAGCAAACUCCUGGCUAAGUAUCAGGAAAUCCCGUUCUACCACAUUUGGAGUGGGAGUCAGCGGCCAUUGCAUUGCACCUUCAGUCUGGAGAGAGGAAGCCUGGUGGUUUCCCAGCUCACCUGCAAGAUCUGUGUCAGACAGGUUGAGGGAGAGGGACAGAUAUUCCAGCUCAACACUGACAUCCAGGAGACUUUGCCGCCCCAUUCACCAUUGCCAGCAGGCGGUUCAUGUCUGCCUUCGUCUCAAGUGGGCCCAUAUGCUUUCAGGCUGCCCGUCUCCAUACGCCAGAAAAUUUGUGCCAGUCUGGAUGCCCCCAGUGCUCGUGGCUGUGACUGGAGAAUGCUGGCUCGCAGCCUGGCCUUCGACAGAUAUCUGAACUACUUCGCAACCAAACCGAGCCCCACAGGUGUGCUGCUGGACCUGUGGGAAGCCUGCCAUCAGGGGGACGCAGACCUGGUCUCUCUGGCGACAGCUCUGGAAGAGAUGGGCAAGAGUGAGGUCUUGGUUGUCAUGACGACAGAUGGCGAUUGCUGACAGGCCAAUCAAAGAAGUGUGAAAAGGGGAUAUAUUUGCCAUCACAAACCUAGAAUGAAUGCAAACGGAUGGAAAGUGCACUCCAGUGCGUUAUUACAACUUGCCUUUUACCUCAGUUUCCUUAGUGCUCAUGCAGAAUAUGCAGCGCCUAUGAGCUGGGGUCGGACGCUCUGGACGAUCUUCAGAUAAUACAUAUCUAAAUGUAGCAAACGUGACGAUGCUGCAAUCACAAAAACAGAGACGUCUUUUUAAAAGGACUUGCUGGUAUACGAUUCCGAGCAGCUCAUGAUUAAGUGAUAGUUGCAUCAUACUGAUACCCUCGCUGCACAGAGCAAGUGUGAAAGUACAUGAUCAAACGCCAUUGCACAUCGAGCCGCUGGCUUUGUUUCCUAGCGACCGUGAGAUGCUUAAAGACACUGAGAUUCUGCGUCCGGUAAAACAGCAGUGUGCCGAGCUCCUCAGGAAACAUGCUCGCACACAAGUAAACAGGGGUAGAGGUGGAAACACGGAUACCAAUGCCAACCAACAAGGAGCUAAAGUCAUCUGCACUAAAAUCAGCUUGCUUAAUGCGUUUUCAUUAUGAAUUCUGGGGGAAAAAAGGCCAAAUUAUGCUGUUACAACUUGCAACUGUGAGAUAUAAAAUCACUUCUGAGGAUUGUGAGAUAAACACAUAAGUCAAUACUGCGUUUAUAUUUUGCUAUUCAGACUUUUUCCUCAUAGUUGUGGUUAAGAGGAAAAUGCCAGAAUUGAGUUGCAGUUUUGUUUUUUCCUUAAAAUUGGGUCUCAAUUGUAAAGUCACAGUUGUUAGUUAACAUAGCAUAAUUUUUUUUCUUGCAGUUACAAGUUUAUUAGCUUUCUUACCAUGCUGAUUUAAAUAAAACCGUUUAAUCGUUUAUAACUACAAUUUGUGAGGAAGCCUGUAAACUUAACUUUAAACAUAAUUCCAAGAGAAUUGACACACACUAUAUACAGUAUCUCAUGACUUUACAAGUGUAUAGCUACACAUUGUGAGACAAAGUUUUGAGAAAAGACUCAAGUUGCGAUAAAUUCACAAUUGUCAAUUAUCUUAAUUUGAUCUUUUUCUUGAAAUUACAAUUUUGUAAUGCGAAGUUACAGCCUGAUCUUACGAUGAAAUUUUUUAACAUUUUAUCAGUUUAACAAUUGUUAACA